UAAUAGACAAUUGUUUUUUUUUUUCAAAACUACAUAUUUGUAUACACAAGAAAAUGGAUAACACUUCAGCAUGACAGGAGAUUAUCUAACCAACCGACUUCAGCAUGUGUAGCCAUCAGAUUGCCGGCAACGCAGCUCGUAACUAUUUUGAGUAGCCACCCACUUUCACCAGGACUUGGUAAGCUAUAUCUUCGUUUUUAACUUUCUUCUUCCCUUCUAUUUUCUACGGAGUAUAAGAGUAUCUAACUACGGUUGCUCAGACGGUUAGCAAUUGAGACUCAAACAUGCUUCAGUUGUAUUCGUAUUGGCGGAGUUCUUGCUCUUUCCGCGUUCGAAUCGCUCUUAAUCUGAAAGGACUUGAUUACGAGUACAAAGCGGUUAACUUGAUCACUGGCGAGCAAUCCAGCCCUGAAUUUCUGAAGAUCAACCCAAUGGGGUAUGUGCCUGUAUUGGUUGAUGGAGAUGUGGUUAUUUCAGACUCUUUUGCCAUUUUGAUGUAUUUGGAAGAAAAGUACCCAGAGCAUCCCUUGUUGCCUGAGGAUCUUCAGUUAAAAGCUAUACACUUUCAGGCUGCAAAUAUAGUUUCUGCAAACAUACAACCUCUACAAAAUUUAGUUAUUCUGAAAUAUAUUGAAGACAAAGUGGGUCCUGAUGAAAAAGUCCCAUGGUGUCUGACUCAUAUACGAAAAGGCUUUGCUGCGCUUGAAGAGUUAUUGAAAAGUCAUGCUGGGAAGUAUGCUACGGGUGAUGAAAUUUAUCUGGCUGAUCUUUUUCUUGUGCCCCAGAUCUAUGGAGCUGUCAACAGAUUCAAAAUGGAUAUGAAUGAGUUCCCCAUUCUGUCUCGUUUAUAUGAGGCGUACAAAGAAGUACCUGCUAUUCAAAAUGCUAUGCCAGAGAAACAACCAGAUGCAUCCCCCUAGGCAAGAGGUUUAGGUUCCACGGGUAUUUGUUUACCCUCUUUUGCUGAAGCGGCUGUAGGCUCUUCAGAUCAUUUUGGUGGGUGACCUUGAGAAUUUGCAUCUUUGUUUUUUAGACCACUUCCAUGAGAUCCACUAUUGUAAUAAAAACUCCGUAUAAUAUUACUUGGGACGUGAUAUACUAUAUUAUCUUUACUGGUUUUAAUUCCCUUGUAGUAAAAAUGUUCUAAUAUUAUCUCGUGUAACUUUGAAUCUUCUGUCCCCUUCUAAUAAAUGUGUUCAUUCAAUGUGUGAAUUGAGAUUGUUACUGGUUUAUCUUGUGCAGCUUCGUAAAGUGUAUGUCAAUACAAC